AUGCGAACAUCGUCACUAGAACCGUCGAAGCAUGUCAUCUCAUUUGCGGACGACUCUCCAGAAGAACCAAACAACUGGUCGAGGUUUUGGAAGCUUUACUCGAUUGCAACCUCUAUAAUGACAGUUUUGAACUCGACUGUAGCAAGCUCUCUUGGAUCCGGCGUAUCUCACCAACUGAGCGAGCACUUCGCCAUAACCAACGAGGAAGAAUUGGUUCUGCCGACGUCCGUCUACAUUUUUGGCUACGUAUUAGGCAGUAUAGUGUCCGGGCCUGUUAGCGAACAGUAUGGACGCAAGAUCACUAUGAUAGGAGCUUUCUUCAUCUUCACGGUUUUCUCAAUAGGUUGCACAUUCGCACCGAAUUGGCCUGCUUUCAUUAUUUUCCGCUUCUUCAUCGGCUGCGCGGGCGCGUGUCCUAUAUCCGUCGUCAGCGGUAUCUGCGCAGAUGUCUAUCACAAUCCCAAGUCACGUGGGCGAGCAUUGGCACUUUAUAUGGUCGCAACAUGCUGGGGUCCAACUCUCGGUCCCGUUUUCUCAGGCUACCUUGCCACUGUCUCAUGGCGAUGGCCCUGGGGACUCGGCGCACUCAUCGCAGGUGCAACAUGGCCAUUCCUUCUCGUCUACAAAGAGACCUACAGCCCGGUUCUCCUCCGUUGGAAGGCUGCGAGGCUCCGCAAAGAAAAGAACGACCCAAGCAUUGUUGCCCCGUCUGAGCUCGAAGAUAACACCCUCUAUCACGUCCUCACCGUCGUCCUCAGUCGCUCGGUUCGUAUGCUCUUCACAGAACCUCUUGUGUUCUUCACCAGUCUCUACCUCUCACUCGUCUACGCUCUCUUCUACAUUUUCCUCGAAUCAUACCCGAUCAUCUACGGCGGUGUAUACGGCCUAAGUCCCGGUAAAACAGGCUUGAUGUUCAUCACCAUCGGUAUAGGAGCUUAUAUUGCGUGCCCCAUGUAUCUCUGGUGGGAUUAUUUUCUUGAAAAAAACCAGCGUGCCGGCAAGAAGUGGGCACUGAAUGAAGAAUACCGUCGUCUUCCACUCGCGUGUGCAGCGGGGCCGUUUCUUGUCGCAAGUCUGUUCUGGUCUGGCUUCACCGCGAAAUCUGACAUCCAUUGGGCCGUGCCCGCGUCAUCAGGCAUAUCUUUUGGCAUUGGGUACCUCCUGCUCUUCAUGGCCAUGCUGAACUACCUUGUCGACGCAUACAGGGUGUACGCUGCCUCAGCGAGUGCUGCGGCCGCAGGAAGCCGGAGUCUGUUGGGUGCCGUGCUACCAUUUGCUGCGAAGCCGAUGUACGAUGACUUGGGCAUCCAAUGGGCAACAGGCACAUUGGGUUUUAUCUGUGCGGUGAUUGCGUUAGUACCGUUCUCGUUCAUCGUGUUUGGGCCAAAGAUGCGAGCAAGGAGUCCAUUCUGUCAGUUCUUGAAGGCACAGGAUGAGAAAGAUCAGGAGAGGAGGGAGAAGACAGCGUUGGAGGGUAAAGAUGAGGAGGCGCCGGGCGAGGUGGAGAAAUAA